AUGACUAGAAUCUUCGUAAUGUUUCUUCUCGUCCUGGGGGUCUGCCAGGCGAGUUUCAUGCUCGAAAAUACCGACAAAAAUCAAGUAGAUUUGAGAUACCGGCUGCCGUCCGGAGUAGUGAUACCGAUCGAUUACACAUUGCACCUCACGCCUGAUAUGGUGAAAUUCACAUUUGAGGGUGAAGUGGACAUCACGUUAAUAGCGCUGACCACGAACAAUAUCUUGACGCUGAAUUCAAAGUACUUGUCAAUCUACAACGUUAAGUUCGUGGAUUUGAAUACAACGAAGACUCUGGAGAAUGAGUACCUAAUGGACGAAGAACACGAGAUCCUGAACAUUACGAUAAAACCCCAGUUUGAAAAGGAUCAUCACUACUCGCUUCAGAUAAAAUACAAUGGAAUCUUGAACGACAAGUCGAAAGGAUUUUAUAGGAGCCAAGUCAUACAAAAGGGCGAAGUAGUAGGGUAUAUUGCAACGACUCAUUUCGAGCCGACGUACGCUCGACUAGCUUUCCCAUGUUGGGACGAACCCGCCUACAAGGCGAAAUUCAAUAUCAGUUUGACACACAAUAAGACAUUUCAAGCGAUCUCUAAUACGGACGUACUGAAAAAAGAAGAAAAAGAUGGCAUGAUAACUACUUCGUUUAAACAAACCCCACUGAUGUCUACUUAUAUCGUAGCAUUCGUUGUAAGCAAUUAUGAAUUUGAGGAAGAUAAAGACAGCAACUUCACCUAUAGGGUAUGGACGAGAAAGACAAUGAUAAAGCGGGUUGAUUACGCUUUGGAAAUGGGUAGGAAGCUUCUGGAACAGCUGAACUUGUACACGAAUAUUUCAUACCAGACGUACAUGCCAGACAAAUUAGAUCAAAUCGCGGAGAAGGAUUUCCCGGCUGGCGCCAUGGAGAAUUGGGGUCUCGUGAUUUUCAGAGAAGGUACUCUCCUUUACGACCAGGCUUCAUCCACAACCCGCACGAAGAUGAGAAUACUCGUGAUCAUCGCUCACGAACUCACUCAUCAAUGGUUCGGUGAUCUGGUCACCCCGAAAUGGUGGAAAUAUAUUUGGCUGAACGAGGGAUUUGCCAACUAUUUCCAAUAUUUCAUUACUCACAAAAUAAAACCUGAAUUGCGAUUGGACGAUAUGUUCCUUGUGGACAGCAUGCAAGAGACGGCGAUGGUCGUUGAUGGGUCCCCGGAGGUACGUCCCAUGAAUAAGGACGUAAUCACCCCUAAACAAAUCGAUGAUCUCUUCGAUGGCAUCGCCUACCAGAAAGGUAAAGAAAACGAAUAA